AUGAUUCAUAUCGAUCCUAAAGAACCUUCAGAACAAGAAUCUUAUCAGCAGAAGCGUGAUGAAUUUAAAGAUCCUAUAGGACAGACACCUUAUCGACAUGAAAGUGUAGAAUUAUUGAAUGGAAAUUUGAUAAUAAGUUGCUCCAUACCUGAAAAUAUAUUAAAAAAUAUUUCUCACAAUUCUGAGGAAUUCACUCAUUUGAGAUAUACGGCAUGCACUAGCAAGCCAGAAACUUUUAAAGAAAAAGGUCUUAUAUUACGUCAAAUAGAGUAUAAAAGAAAGACUGAGUUGUUUAUCCUAAUAAAUAUGUGUGAUGAUAACGAAAUUCUAUUAUCGCAUACUCUUGAUGGAAUAAUUGAAAAUAUUACUUACCUUUGCUCGAUCAGCGAUUCUCCAACAUGGGGUAAUGAUGGAUGGGAAAAGGUUGUCAUAUGCAUAAUUUCUAAUGGCCGUAGUGAUAUUAAUGAACAUGUUUUGGCAUAUUUUAAUGUUCUUGGUGUCUACCAGAAUAAUAUUGCAAAAUCAAAAGUGAACAAUAAAGCUGUUGAAGCGCAUAUAUAUGAAUAUACAACUCUUAUUUCAGUUAAACAUUUUAAAAAUUCUGUUGAAAUGAAGAUUGAUGAAGGAAUUGCUCCAGCUCAAAUACUUUUCUGUCUUACCGAACAGAGCAAGCAUAGUGAUGACUCUUCUCAAUGGUUUUUUAACGCUUUUUGCCCAAUCCUUAAUCCCAAAUUAUGUGUUCUUAUUGACGUUGGUGUUAAACCAGGUUAUGGAUCUCUCUAUGCCUUGUGGAAUGCAUUCUCAAUUAAUCCUGAAAUUGCAGGUGCUUGCGGUAAUAUAGAAAUAACAAAAGAUGGAUACAGGAGCAAAUUAUUAAACCCAAUUGUGGGUGCCCAAAUUUUCAAUUAUAAAUUGAUAUAUAUUUUGGAUAAGCCAUUUGAAUCAAUCUUUGGCUAUAUAAGUUCUUUAUCUGAAGGUUUUUCUACCUAUCGCUAUAGUGCCCUUCAAAGUUGCACUAAUAAUAUAUGUCUUUCUAAUGAACAUGCUCUUAAUUUUGAUUUGGUUACAAGACACAAUCAUCAUUGGAAAUUACAUUAUGUAAAGUCUGCUCAUGCUGAAACAAAUAUACCUGAAAAUUUACCAGAAUUAAUUCACCAACAAAAGCGUCAUAUAAAUAAAUCGUUUCUUGCUAGCUUUUAUGCUUUUACGCAUUUUUAUUAUAUCUGGAAAAAUAGACACUAUAUUCUACAAGAUUUGUUUGCAAACAAAAGUUAUAUACCAGCUUUAUGA